CUUUGACCUAUUCGUCAGUGAUAAUGAAGGCUGCAAUUGUGUUAGGAGUGAUUUUCAUGUCCUGUAUUUGUCGCACUUAUGGUGGGGCGAAUACGUUCACGUCUUGUCCUAAUAACUGGGUGGCAAGAGAUGGGUCAUGCUACUUCUUCUACCACACCCCGUUUUCCUUCAUAGAAGCUGAGCAUUACUGUCAGAGCCUGAAAUCCCACUUGAUACAUAUUGAAUCUGCAUCCGAAAACAACUUCAUCAUUGAUCGUCUGCGAGCAUUUAUUCCUCAUGAGGCCGGCUGGUGGAUCGGCUUGUCCGAUCAGCAGGUGCAGGGAGAGUUUUUAUGGACUGACACAAACGCUGAGCUGUCGGGCUAUUCUAACUGGGGAGUUGGUGAGCCGUCUGAUGUGAACCAUUCGGAGGAUUGCGUCCAUAUGUGGAUGCCAAAGAACUACACGUGGGGAGAUUUUCAAUGCAGACAUCCGCUGCAAUUCAUUUGCGAAAUGAGUGGACAUGUCGAUGGGGAGCCAAACAUGGUUGGAUAGACCCUGUAAAACAUAUUUAGCAUUAAAAACAUCAAUGUGA